AUGACAACAAGUGUUAGGGCAUCUAAACAGCAACAACAUACAAAAUCUCAACAUGAACAACAACAACAACAACAACAACAACAACAAACAGAAACUACUAUAAAAGAUGAUAAUAAAAAUGGGAAAGGGAAUUAUAAUUUUAAAUCAUUUUUAUUAAUUCUUUUUUCAGCAAUACUCAUUAGAAUAAUUUUAUUUUACCAAGGUUUUGAUCAACUAUUUUCAAAUAGAAAUGAAAUUACAACACCUUUAACAAGUUUUAAAAGAUUGGUUGAAGGAUUACAUUUAAGAGAAUUGGGAUUAUCACCAUAUGCAGGAUCAGCAUAUCAUCAACCACCAUUGGUUUUAUUAUUAUUUUAUCCAUUUGUAAAUAGUAUUAAUAUUAGUAAUAAUAAUAAUAAUAGUGGUGAUGGUAAUAAUUAUUUAAUAUUUGGAAUAUUUGAAAAAUCACAAAUUUUAUUUUUAAUAAUUGAUUGUAUAAUUGCAAUAGUGUUAAGAGAGAUUGCAAAACAAAUACCAAGAGUAUUGCCAAAGGAGAUGAAACCGAUAUCGGCCAAUAGUAAUCUACCAAAUAUAACAGCUGCAUUAUACUUGUUUAACCCAUUCACAAUUUUCACAUGUAUUGGUAUGAGUACUAUAAAUUUAACAAAUUUAGCCAUAGUUUUGUCAUUGUAUUAUUCGUUGAAAGGCAUGAUAUUUCAAUCGGUUUUCUCUGUGGCAAUGGCUUCCUAUCUAUCGAUUUAUCCAGUGGUUUUAAUUUUUCCAUGUGCUUUAAUCUUAAAACAUCAUUUCUUUCCACCUCAACAAACUCAACCUGUAGCUCAAAAUCAGUUACCAUCUGAUCAAUCAAAACAAUUAAAACAAUUACUUGAAAGAAAUGAAAGACCAAUGUUAUUACUAUUUUAUUUUAGAAUUUUAAUCUUUUUCCUCCUUUCAAUAUCUUCCCUCUUUUAUCUAUCUUUUACUUUUUUAAAUAGUUGGGAAUUCUUUGAAAAAUCUUAUAAAUUUACAUUUUUCGUUGAAGAUUUAACUCCAAAUAUUGGUUUAUUUUGGUAUUAUUUUAUUGAAGUAUUCGAUCAUUUUAGAAAUUUAUUUUUAUUUAUAUUUCAAUAUCAUGUAUUUAUCUAUUGUAUACCAUUAGCAAUAAGAUUAAAAGAUCAUCCAUUAUUUUAUUUUUGGUCAUUAUGUGCAAUCAUUGCAACUUUUAAAUCUUAUCCAGCAUUGGGUGAUACUGCAUUACAUGUCUCAUUAUUACCAUUACUCUAUCAACCAUUGAAAGGUGUAAAAUAUAGUUUCAUUGUUAUUGUUGUCGCUAUUUUCGUUACAGUUUUAGCACCAAUCCUUUGGCAAAUGUGGAUUUAUCAAGGUACUGGAAAUGCAAACUUUUAUUAUACAAUUAAUUUGGUUUUCACUAUCGCCCAAGUUUUAUUGAUAGUUGAUUCUUUAUCUGUACUUUUAAAAUUAGAUUAUGUAAAUAAAAUUAAUUUAAAAAAUAAAUUAUUAGAAAAUAAUCAAAUUGAACAACAACAACAACAACAACAACACCAACAAGAAAAAGAAAAAGAACAACAAGAAAAAGAACAACAAGAAGAACAACAAGAUGAAAAAACUGAUCUUGAAAGUAGUAGUCAAAAAAUUGAUGAUAAUAAUAAUGAAAAUAAUAGUGAAGAAAAUGAAGAAAAGUAA